AUGAAGUGUGUUGUGGUCCUCUGCGUCUUGGCCUUCUCCAUGGCCCAAGGCUUUCCAAGCAUCCCAUCUCUUCCACAACUUUCACCUGUAACUCUACCGGACAUCCCAUCCCUUCCAAAUGUUCUACCUGUAACUUUGCCGGAGCCACAAGAGCCACUUUUGGAGGCUUUGGUUCAAAUUCUCAACCAAAUUCUGGAGGAUCUCCACCUUCCAACCGUCGAUCCCGAGGCCGUUACCUUCCCCGAUUUGGGAGCCGAGGGAGAUCGAGUCAAGAGAGAUAUCUUCUCUGGAGUCACUGGCCUUCCACCAUCUCCAUUGGUCGUAAUCAUCGAGCUUCUGAACAAGAUCCUCGAAUCUCUGAACCUCCCCACCGUCAACCCCGAAGCCGUCACCAUCCCUUCUGAUGCCGGCCGUGUCAAGAGAGAUAUUCCCUUCGGAAUCACCCUUCCUUCCGAAAACCCCCUCGCUGAAUUGAUCGCCAAGCUCUUGGAGAUCAUUGCCAAAUUGGAGAGCUUCGAAUUCGGAACUGGAGCCCCUCUCCCAGUCACCUUCCCAUCAUUGUAA